GAUAAAGGCACCUGGCCCGGCACUCCGGGCCACCGGAGGGGGAGAGACGGGCGAGCGGACGUGCGGGGGCCGGGCCGGGCCGGGCCCCGCCGCGCAGCCCCCUCCAUGCGCCUCGCCGGCGGCGCCGGCUCCCCCCGGGCUGUGCCCUCGCCCGGGAAUGGCAGCCGGUGGCGGGCGGCGGAGCCCGGCGGCGGCAGCAGCCCCAGUCCCGAGGCGUGGUCGGGGUCGCCGAACGGCAGCCUGAGCGGCUGGGACCCCUUCGGGCGGGACGAGGAGCUGGCCAAGCUGGAGAUCGCGGUACUGGCCGUCACCUUCGCGGUGGCGGUGGUGGGGAACGGCAGCGUGCUGCUGGCCCUGCGGCGCACGCCGCGCAAGGCGUCCCGCAUGCACCUCUUCAUCCGCCACCUCAGCCUCGCCGACCUGGUGGUGGCCUUCUUCCAGGUGCUGCCCCAGCUCUGCUGGGAGGUGACCCACCGCUUCCACGGCCCCGACGGGCUCUGCCGCGUCGUCAAGCACCUGCAGGUCUUCGGCAUGUUCGCCUCGGCGUACAUGCUGGUGGCCAUGACCGCCGACCGCUACAUCGCCGUCUGCCACCCGCUGAAGACGCUGCAGCAGCCCACCAAGCGCUCGUACGGGAUGAUCGCGGCGGCCUGGGCGCUCAGCCUGCUGCUCAGCACCCCGCAGUACUUCAUCUUCUCCCUCAGCGAAGUGGAGCUCGGCUCGCAGGUCUACGACUGCUGGGCGCACUUCAUCAUGCCCUGGGGGCCCCGCGCCUACAUCACUUGGAUCACCGGCGGCAUCUUCAUCGCGCCGGUCCUCAUCCUCAUCAUCUGCUACGGCUUCAUCUGCUACCGCAUCUGGCGCAACGUGCGGGGCAAGACGCGCCAGGGGGAGGCGGCAGCAGCGGGCGGCGGGCGGCGGGCAGGUGAUGAUGGUGGCCCGCGACGGGGGCUGCUGCUCGCCCCUUGUGUCAGCAACGUCAAAACCAUCUCCCGCGCCAAGAUCCGCACCGUCAAGAUGACCUUCGUCAUCGUCUCGGUGUACGUCGUUUGCUGGGCGCCCUUCUUCACCAUCCAGAUGUGGUCCGUCUGGGACCAGCGCUUCCCCUGGGUCGAUUCUGAAAACACUGCGACUACUGUUACGGCUCUGCUGGCCAGCCUGAACAGUUGCUGUAACCCCUGGAUCUACAUGUUCUUCAGUGGGCACCUCCUCCAAGACUGCCUACGGAGCUUCCCUUGCUGCCAAAAAAUAAAGCAAACGCUGAGUAAAGAAGAUUCCAACAGCAACAGCAGGCGACAGACUUCUUUCACCAACAACAGAAGCCCAUCCCACAGCCUAAACACAUGGAGAGAGAUGCCCCACUCCAAAUCGACCAGCUUCAUCCCCAUUCCAACAUGAGACAAGCCUCAGGGCAGGCAGGGCUUGCAGUCCCAUCACAGUGUUCAGGAAGGUUGUGGCAUGGCACUUUAUGCCAGUCCGGGGCACCAUCAUGGUACCAAGGAAUAACUAAGAUGGCCAUGAGACAAAAAGUGCCACCUUGCUUGAUAAGCUAUGCUGCAGUGUGUAAAUUAUUUUCUGAAAGUUAUUUAGGAUUUGGGCAACUGAUCAGGAAGAUAUGGCAACAAUAAAGCGAUUAUUUUUUAAAAUAGAAUUUAUUUUAAUUUUUUGUCUGUUUCUAAAAUACUAAGUGCAUUGUUUGCUUGCAGUUUAAAACAGUAAAAAUAAUGGAGUGUUCAUGUGUUGAGGUAACUACUUUCUAGUGUUAAUACAUAAAACUUCUCAUGAUUGUCUGAUGAAGUCACAGGGAAAAAAGACAAUAUGAGCAAGAUUAUAAUUUGGUCUUAAACAUUAAAAGAAAGGAGUUGGGAAAAACUUGGCUGUCCAGAUAAGGAAUGGGUUAGACAGACUCUGAGUUGUUGGAAUUCAGUUGCUCAUGAUGCUUCAUCUUGUAAAGGUCGAGCAGUUCUCAGACACUGAAAUUUAACAUCCCUCUUGAGGGCAAAUAUUUAGUGCUGUCAAUGUCUGUAUGUGUGUUGUGGGGUUUCAUUUUUAGGGUGACACUUCCUCUUCCCUUCAUGUUGAUGGAAAUUAUACAGCAUAUUUGUGUGUGUGUUUGUGUGUUAUUGCACCUGCUUUCAUUUUUUUAAACUAACUUUAAAAAAUAUUGAUAAAUAAGUAUGAUACGCUAUGACUAGCUCAGCACCAUUACAAACAGUUACACCAAGAAAACUCAUAAUGAAUACCAGAACCACUUGCUUUACUGGUAGGAAUGCCAUAUAUUCUUUUUUAAUGCACUAAGACAUCUAGGAUCAAGCUACAUUGCUUGGUUGUCAAGCAGAUAGCCUCAUGAGCUCAGGAGAGUGUAGUCAUUUGGUAAGAGCUGUAGAACCAUUAUAUUUCAAGACACAGAUCUGAGAAUCAAACUUACAAGUCUUCUGGGAACAUAUAAAAAUUGUCAAUGAUGUUGGCUUGUCUUUUCCUAUUAUUUUUUUUAUUGCCAGCUCAUGACAAUACACUCUUAAAAAUUGUCAGUAAACUGCAAUAAAAAGUCAUCACAAUGUAUUUGCUAAUUACAAAACAUUCAAAGUGUGCUUGUUUGCAAUACAAUGCAUGCUAAGUUCACUAUAGUUCAUUUAUAUGGUAAACAAUCCUAUUACAUCUUUCCUUGGAGCCUGUCUCAUAUAUCGAGGUUGGGUUUUGAAGCUCCUUGAGUAAGUUUUGCUGAGUGUUUAAGUCUUGAGACUCUCUUUGAGAAGUACAACUACCUGUCUGCUCUGUUUUCCUGAGCUCGCUGGAUCCUGAAGUCCGGGUGCUCCCCUGGCCCUCUGCAGGACUGCUGACACAGUCCCAGCUGGCUGCUGCAGCAGCAGCUAUAACGUGCAUGCAACGAGGAAGCUCGGCAGCAGGUUUCUUUCUUUCUUUCUUUCUCACCAAAACCUAACAAACAAGAUUGCUUUUUAAUUGCUUGAGGAGAUCACAUGUGGCUUUCACUGAGGAUGGUGCCCAUGCCUGCCUCAGUAAUGGUAGCAGAAAUUAAUAAUUAGGUGCAGAAUAAAAUCAUCUUAAACCACUCCAGAAGCUCCCCAUUGAUUAAUUUGGGCAAAGAAUAGGGAAUAUUAUACCCAAAAGAAAUUUUUUUUGGUCACUAAAUCUUGUCUCCAUUCUCUUUUUUCCUUGUGUUUGCUGUUGUUCAAAGCACUAGAAGCCAGAGGGACAGUGUGGUGGAAUGGCUUAUAUUUAACAGACUGUCUUUUUGACCACCUUUAAUAUACAAAUGUGACUACAGCUCUCACCAACUCUGGACGAAGGUUUGCGAACCUGAAGCUAUAUUUUAGUAAAAAAAAAUGCAUGCAGUGAUGUUGUGUGUGUGUUUGUGCACAUUAUGUGUACUGUGUAUAUGUUGCAAGUAGGUAAUUCACAGUUACUGAAACUGCAAGUGUUUAAAACUAAGUGAAUUAUCCUUUGCCUAGUUUUCUGUUUGUGCUACUACUUUCUUUGUACAAGGAAUCUGUAUUAAAAACCAAUUAGCUGUACUAACAGAACUUUCAUGUUUGCAUAAUUGAAUGUUUUUUCUAUUACACUUUACAUUCAAACAGAAAAGAUAAUGAAAAAAAUGUGUGUAGAAUAUUAUUGAUAAUAAAAAUGAACUAGGUAAUGACCAGUAUAUUUAUUAAAGCAAACAGACCUGAAUAUGAAUUUAGGUUUUUUUCAAAUACAUUACAAAAUCUAGGCUUACACUUGGGGCUUGUCAACAUAGAUUUCCCUUGUGAGUGUCCUAUUGUUUCUGUAAUUAAAUUGACAACACAAUUUA